AUGUUUAAGAAGAUGCGCGCGCAUUGGGCUGACGGUUCACCACCACCGUGCGCUCAGGUUCAGGUGCAAAACCAGGAUGAGGAGGAGGAUUCAACAGGCAUCCAGUGUAACUUAACAACGCAAGCUGAUAGUUUGUACAACGACUUCAAGGACACGUCGACUAUGCCACCGUGUGUUACGUCCACGAUGAGUGUCGGUGACUCGAAUCAAAUGACAAUUUCCGCAACUGAGUUGGAGUUACAGGAUAAUAACAAUCAAGUAAAUACACCUGCAAGUGCUCCGAAAACUCAAGGUGCGGCGACUAUUGGAUGGAGUAUACCUGUAAAAGAUAACAAAACUAUGAAAAGUAAUAAUUGUGACAGAGCACCAUCGAUGGCUAAUUGUUUAUCCACGACAGUUCCCGUUAAUUUGAAAGCCUCACAAAUCGCCGGAAGACAUACGCCUACGCGUAGUUCUUUGAGGCACAGUAGAAUGAUUGUUAUGCAUCGCACUGGUAACAUUCCAAGGAAAUCACGUCCUCCACUUCUACGUCGGCGUAAACUAUCAAGUACAUUAGCAGCAAUCCAAACAAUCCUUGGGAUAGCAGUGACCUCUCUAUCACUUUGGUUACUCUUAUGGGCACCAAAUUUGCCAUUUAUGGACAAUCCAUACUGGAGCGGAAUGCCGUUACUCUUCUCAGGAAGUUUCGGAAUAUGUUUGCUAUGUUGCUUCAAAAAAGAGUACCCAGGUUUAAGUCCAGGGUUCUGUUUAACAGCAACCAAAGUAAUGAGCUUCUUUCUGGCUGCGCUGGCAGCAAUAACGUGUCUAGUAGCCUGCAUCACAUCCGCAAUUCACCUGAUAAGACUGAGCGGAUUAGAAUGCACACCAGCGCGUGUAAUAAACGCGACGUGUGCAUGCAGAUCACGUAGCGAGCUUGCAAGUACCUCUGAGCCGGUUUUCAAGUACGUUGAUCUCAACUGUCCUGAAGUUGAAGGCGUCUUAACUAUUUUGCUAAUCUUCUCUUCGAUAUGUAACGCCUUAGGGGCAAUUAUCGCCGGAUGGUAUUGCUAUCUCCAUUGGAGCACGCGCGACAAACGGCCUCAGUACUUUAAAGUGAGAUCGAGCACACGAGCUCCUCUCGAUUCGAGGCCGAUUUACAACCCUAAUUUGAACAGACGAUGA